AUGAAGAAGUGGUUGAAGAAAAAACAAGAGCUUGAAAAAGAUGGCCGCCAUCAGAAACUGGUAGAGCACUACAUAGAUUCCAAAGGCAAGAAGAGGUGGAAAGGCACAAAGGCCUUACGCUCGAGUGAGCACUAUCCCAGCAAGUUUGGACAGAAAUUGGUGGAGAUGUUUGACGGUCUGAUUUCUACAAAGACCGGCAUGCCAAUCAGCCCUGCGGUCUUUCCACCAGCCUGCUCAACCUUUAGCCAGAUGAGCUUUGAUGAUAUGUGGGAUGAGGCCCAUAUGAGCCAGGUGUGUCACUAUGUCCGUGCCGGGAAAGAUUUGAAGAUUCCCGAAGAGUUUAGAGAUUACAUUCCCCGAAAACUCUAA